AUGCGCUACCGUAAACGUCGCGCGCGCAUUAUUCUUGCGUUAGACGCGUCCGUACGCGCAUUAGAAUUAGGCACGGCGUUACUAGGACGGCAGAAGCGCGGCAGCACAUGGCGCGGCCGCCGCGCGUCGUCCGCCCCUUUGUCUCCGCGAUUACCCAGGCCGCCGCGCCUCUUGACUUGUUGCCGCCUCCAUCUUUCAUGCUCCGUCCGACUCGCUAAUUACGCGCGUUCAAUUGAUCCAAUUUUGUCGUACAUUUCUAAUUCCUCCUACCGUACACCCUUUAUUAAGAAGCGUGCGGCUAACGACGCCGCAGCUUGUCAGCUUACACAGACGAGUAGCCGGACGGCGCACGCUAGACACGAAUCUGAGCAAAUGAUUCGCGUGUUAUCGGCGGCCGUGCGACCGCGCUACGAGAUCUUCCACCAGAUAGCCCGCCAGUUGGGCUUAAACAGAGAGGUGGCAGCGGGCGCCGCGACCGUUUUAUCGCCGGCCGGGCUUUAUUUAACGCCCCGCAUGCCGAUUUUAUGCGUCGGCGUCUCGGCGUCUGACGGGAUCCCUUCAUGGCCCUUUAAGCCCUUACGACGCGUAUCAGAUGGGUGGGGGGCGCUCGGAGGGCCGUUGAGCGGGCUACGCGCCAUGACGGAAAACUCAGUCUCGUCUCUUUUUAUA